GUUCAGUGCAGCCUCACCUCUACCAAGCAUUGGGCGAAAAGCGGAACAACAAGACAUCACUACCGGUACCUACCUUACCUAUCACCUUAUCACCACCUCUGCGGCCCCAUUCCGACAGUCUACCGCCGCAUCUGGCUCGGCGCCGUCCUCACUAGUUCAUCCCUAUACGGACCGAAACCCAUUACCCUCUUAGACUGGAUUGUUGGCAUCUUACGGGUCCUGAACAACGUUGCUCUCUUUCGAUUUUCUUCGCAAUUUCUCUGCGCUCUUCCAGUCGAAACCCAAAGUCCGGCCAUUUUUAUUCAGUGUCGGCAUUCUGACUUUCCACAACCUAAUCCAUCGUCGUCAUCACUGCUUGUGGUAGCGCGACCAUCGGUUGGAACGUGGGAAGCUAGCGGAAUUCGCAUUCGCAAGACUUUCUGACGUACGAUUCCACGGCCGCUCAAGUGAAAGUAGCGACGCAUUACGCAGCUUGUCGUUGCCAAUAUGGGUGUCCCCAAGUUCUUCAGAUGGCUCUCCGAGCGCUAUCCUGCCAUCUCGCAGCUCAUCGCCGAGAACCGGAUUCCCGAGUUCGAUUGCCUUUACCUGGAUAUGAACGGUAUCAUCCACAACUGUACACACAAAGAUUCAGAUGAUGUACAAUUUCGUCUCAGUGAAGAGGAAAUGUUCAUCGCUAUCUUCAACUACAUCGAACAUCUUUUUGGCAAGAUCAAGCCCAAGAAGUUGUUCUUCAUGGCCAUCGACGGCGUUGCCCCGCGCGCCAAGAUGAAUCAACAGCGAGCGCGCCGUUUCCGCACUGCUCUGGACGCCGAGAAAGCGCGCGAGAAGGCGAUUAGGGAGGGCAAAGAACUGCCCAAGGAGGAGCCGUUUGAUAGCAACUGCAUCACGCCGGGAACCGAGUUCAUGGCUAAGCUGUCGCAGCAGCUUAAGUACUUCAUCAACAAGAAGGUAUCAGAAGAUCGUGACUGGCAGGCGCCGGAAAUCGUGUUGUCCGGCCACGAAGUCCCAGGGGAGGGCGAGCACAAGAUCAUGGAGUACAUCCGGAAUGCCCGCGCUCAGCCGGACUACAGCCCCAAUGUCCGCCACUGCUUGUAUGGCCUGGAUGCCGACCUGAUCAUGCUGGGCUUGUUGAGCCACGAUCCACACUUCUGCCUCCUCCGUGAGGAGGUGACUUUUGGCCGGCAGGCUAAGCACAAGUCAAAAGAGUUGGAGCAUCAGAACUUCUAUCUGAUGCAUCUUUGCAUAGUCAGGGAGUAUCUAGAGCUUGAGUUUCAGGACCUCAAGGCCAAAGGCGCGAUGCCUUUUCCGUUCGACAUGGAGAGGAUCAUCGACGACUUCAUUCUCAUGGCCUUCUUCGUCGGAAACGACUUCCUCCCAAACCUUCCACACCUCCAUAUCAACGAGGGCGCAUUGGCUACCAUGUUCAGGAUCUACAAAGCCGUCCUCCCCAAGUGUGAUGGCUACAUCAACGAGAACGGGAAGGUCAACCUACAAAGGCUUGGACUUCUCCUAGAUGAGCUUGGAAAAGAGGAGUAUCGUUUUUUUGAGCAUGAGAAUGAAGAUGCCAGCUGGCUCCGGGGCAAAAAGAUGCUCGAGAACGACGAGGUCGAGAAGAUGAGGGCGAAAGCCAGGGGCAAGCUCAUCGUUAGCUCGGAUCAGAAGGCCCUAUGGAAGCAAAAGAUACGGAAGUUCCUCACAAACCGCGCCUCUCAGACCCUGGACCUUGGCGCCGAGCUCAAGGCCGCCGAUCGCAAGUUUGUCCAAGAUCUUGCCGAAGCUGCUCACCUCGAGUGGUCCACGCAGCCGGAUGAUGAGGGCCAUCGUCAUCUUAUUUUGUCAUUCCCCGCUAGAGACGAGGAGGACGAGGACGACGAGGAAGCUCAGUCAGCAGUGUUGCGCAUCGUCAAGAGAUACGACAAUGCCCAGGUCCUUGACCUUACCUCGGCUGAUGCGCAGGCUGCGAUGGAGGCCAAGUACAAGCAGAAGUUCCAGGAAUGGAAGGACAAGUACUACUUCGAGAAGUUCGAGGACUGGACGCCAGAGAACAAGGAGGAAGAGCUCCGGAAGCUGACAGAAAACUAUGUCCAAGGCCUCCAAUGGGUGCUUUACUACUACUACCGUGGCAUUGCUUCCUGGCCCUGGUUCUAUGGUUAUCAUUACUCGCCCAUGAUUUCAGACGUCAUGAAAGGUCUGAAUGCGGACCUCAACUUCAAGCUCGGCCAACCCUUCAGACCGAACGAGCAGCUUAUGGGUGUGCUACCGGAUCGCAGCAAGAAGAUCGUCCCCUCUGUCUACUGGGAGCUCAUGACGGAUCCCAAGUCACCUAUCAUCGACUUUUACCCCAGAGAUUUUGAAUUGGAUAUGAACGGCAAGAAGAUGGAUUGGGAGGCCGUCGUGAAGAUUCCCUUCAUCGAUGAGAAGCGACUGUUGGCGGCAAUGGCCCCCAAGGACGCGCUCCUCUCGGAAGCCGAGAAAGCACGGAAUGACUUCGGAGUACCACUGAAGUUCACUUACUCCGAGGAUGUGGACUUCGUUUAUCCUUCCUCCUUGGUCGAUGUCUUUCCGCCCAUCGCCCACUGCCAUUGCGUGGAAAACAUUUUCGAUCUUCCGCCCGUGGAAGGGUUAGAGUUUCGGGCUGGCUUGACCGAUGGCGCCCUGCUUAACGUGGAGGCCUUGGCUGGGUUCCCGACUCUGGCUACAUUGCCGUACACGGCCAAUCUCGGUUUCCACGGGGUUAACGUUUUUCAGCAAGACAGUCGCAACGAGAGCAUGAUUGUCAACCUGCUUGAAACGGAACUGCGCACCAAGGCCGAGUCCGCAAAGGUCAAGCUUGGUCAGCGCUGCUUCGUCGGCUAUCCUUUCCUCCAAGAGGCCAAGAUCGUGAAGGUCUCGGACGAGCUAUUCGACUACACACUGGAUGACAGCGGGCAUGUUAUCUCUCAGCCUCAUUCGACCCGCGAGAUUGAAGAUUGGACGAAGAAAGCAGACAGGAUCGAAAACUUUUAUAGCAAGCGGCUGGGCAUCUUGAUCGGUGCUGUCGAGUCACUUGUGUCUGUCCACAUGUUGAAAGGCCUCGUCAAGACGGAUGAAGGAGCAACGGUGAAGGAAUAUGGCGAGAUUCCCGGAAUGGAGACAGAGUACGCCUCUCAGAUCAUUGUAGACGAGGUCGUCAAUGAAGAUGAACGCUUCAUCGAGAAGGCUGCUCUGCCUGUCGAGGAAGAAUUUCCCGUCAAAUCUGUCGGCUUCUUCCUGGGCGACUACAACUACGGCCAGCCUCUGGAGGUGGCCGGUUAUUCAUCUGGAAAGCUUUCCAUCUGGCUUGGGAUCUUACAAAACCGUGAGCCAGAAUUUGCCAAGAAGAUCAUCCACGACGCGCAGAAGGGCAUGCAUUACCUGCCUUCCUACAUGGUGGCUAAGCAACUCGACCUGCAUCCGCUCACCCUCAGCAAGAUUACAUCGUCUUACUUUAUCCGGACGGUCGGGGACCUGCGGGUGAACCUAGGCCUUAACCUCAAGUUUGAGGCGAAAAAGCAGAAGGUGCUGGGCUACUCGCGCAAGUCCCAAUCCGGCUGGGAGUUCAGCGCCGCUGCUAUCCACCUGAUCGUGGAGUACAUGAAGCAUUUUCCGGACUUCUUCGCAGGAGUGAAGCGUAACCCAUCAGGUGCCGAACUGACCGAGACGGAUCUCUGGUCUGAUCCGGCUGUUGCUUCGGCGAGAGUCAAGGAAAUUGGUGCUUGGCUGAAGACUCUGAAGACCAGCUCCAUGGAGCGGGUGCCUCUAGAUGCCGAGCAGCUCGACUCGGACGUCGUCAUGCAGCUCGCCGCCGAAGCCGACCGAUUGCAGCUGAGCGCCAUCCCCACCAACCCCAAGAAAAUGAACGGCGUGCCUCGCAACGCGGUCAUGCGACCCGAGGACGCAGAGCACCGCUUGGGCGGCCAGGACUUCGCCUUGGGUGACCGUGUCGUGUAUGUGGCGCGCACAGGCAAAGUGCCGAUCGCUUUCCGCGGCACUGUGGUGGGUAUCAGCCGCACCCCGACCGCCAAGCUUCUCGACGUCGUUUUCGACGUCACCUUCAUGAGUGGCACCACUCUCGGCGACCGCUGCCCACCGUUCCGCGGCCAGACGGUCCCCUCGACCGUCCUACUCAACCUGACCAACAGGCAGGUUGUGGCCGGGGCCAAACAACAACUCGCCAGACAGGCUGUCAGCCCGUCAGUUACGACCCUGACCGCCCAUGGCGGCUACCACAUGAACGGCAAGCGCUACCAAGACGCGCCCGCACCGCCUCCCUUGCAGGGUAGCUGGCGCAGCGCGGCAAACGGUGGUGGCCGUGGUCGUGGUGGCAGCGGUCAGCCCAAUCGGGGAGCCAUCCAGGGUAAUCUGCCCUAUCGCCCUCACCACCAGCAGCAGCAGAUCCAGCCGCCGCCGAAUGGCCCUCGCACCGGCACACCCCCGUUCAAUCCCGCCAAUGGCCAGGGACGUGGUCGUGGCGGCGGCCAGUUCAGGGGGCGCGGAGGCAGCGGAUACGUCUCGCACCCUGGAGGCAGGGUUGGUAACGGCGCAAGCGGAUAUGCUACCCCGACAAGAGGUAGUGGUGGUCGCGGAAGGGGUGACGGGCAUGGUUUCAACAGGGGACGUGGAGCAAGGAGAGGCGCGCAGCAGCAGCAGCAGCAGCAACCGCAGGCGGCGACGGCUUCUCAGGGCUAGUGGCAACCUGCAUGUCCUCACAGCUGUGUAAGAGGAGACAAGGCUGGUUUGGGAGUGAGAAGAGGACGUGUUCGGCGUUCGGCUGAGAGAAUGAGCACUGGAUGUGCAUCAUGGCAAGGUGAUGAUGAGAUUUGACUGUUGGUAACAAGUUCGGGGAAUGAAAAGGGUUGAUUAUCUGCAUACGUGGUAGAUAGGCCCGAUUUGGGCAGCGAUGGAAGGGCACUGGGCUUUGGACUGUGUUGUAGAGUUCAUGUCAGACAGAAAGCGUAAAAGGUUAAAGUGCCAAUGAAGUAUACCCUAUGUGAUAUCUG